AGCUAUAGUUUUUCCAUUUAAUUAGUCAUACAUAUAUAAAGUAGUACUUUUUGGGUUAUUUCUUGAAGAGAUCGAUGGUGAGAACACCUUGCCACGAUGAAAAUGGUCGUAAGAAGGGUACUUGGACACCUGAAGAAGACAGGAAAUUAGCAGAAUAUAUUACUAAAUAUGGAUCAUGGAACUGGAGACAGCUUCCUAAAUAUGCUGGUCUAGCAAGGUGUGGAAAGAGCUGUAGACUUCGAUGGAUGAAUUACUUAAGGCCAAAUGUUAAAAGAGGAAACUACACAAAAGAAGAAGAUGAAAUCAUCUUGAAACUUCAUGCUCAACUUGGAAAUAAGUGGUCGGCGAUUGCACAUCACUUGCCAGAAAGAUCAGACAACGAGAUAAAGAAUCAUUGGCACACUGCACUUAAGAAGCGCGCUAAUUAUUCUACAAACUCAAGUGAUGAAUCAAGCAAAAAAUGUAACAAUAAGAUGAAUAGCAGAAAGUGUAAUGCGGAAAAUAAAAAUAUUGCAAGUCCUAAUAUGAGUAGUUCACAUGAAAAUAUAGUAUUAGAAAGUUCAGAAUGGUCACCAAAGGAGUCAUCAAGUGAAGAACUCUCCUCUUAUCAACAAGAACAUAAUGUUUUUCAAGAAGCAGCAUUAAUGGAGGAAGUUACAAGUGGAAGCUUUUGGACAGAACCAUUUGAAGUGGAUGGUAAAAUUGAUUUUGUAGCUCCAAUUGAUUACUAUGGACUUGUGUGUCCACCUUCACCUUUUAUAGCUCAUGAAUUUCUUUCCUCCUUUGAUCUAGAUCAUUGUAAUAAUUAUUGGUAAAAACGAGAAGAACAAAAGCAUUCAAAGAGAAGUGCCUAGUGAUUUAUCUCAAUAUAUAAAUGAGUUUAAAUUUUAUGCAUUA